GCCUAGCAGGUCCCGCGCGACACACAGCCGCAGCCACCGGCCGCACACUGCCACCGCCCUCCCAGCCGCUGCUGCUGUCGCGAGAGAAGAGAUGUCAGAGGCAAGACCCGUCUCCAGGAGCCUCCUCCGGUACAGACCCGGACCCCUGCUGGCUGCAGGUGCUUCCUGCAUGACCCCUCCCACGGGAGAGGAGGUCCUCCGUCUCGGGGGACGCCUGCACCUCAUGGUUCAGGGCAGUAACCAGGUGGCCCUGCGACUGGCCUGCAUUGGGGAUGAGAUGGAUCUGUGUUUUCGGGGCCUCCAACUGGCCCAGCUGCCUGGGAUGGCCAUGCACAGCCUUGCCCUCAGCUACAGCCAGGCGAGAGUCACGGGUGUGCUCAGAAGCUUGACCCAGGGUCUCGCCAGCCUGAGGGAGAACAUGUGGUUCUGGAGACCCGCGGCCCCCAGCACCCGGGUGCCUCCUGCCCAGGCCUGCCGGGAGCUGCUGCCCGUGCUGCUGCUGCUGGGCCUGUUGCUGAGCAGGGCCCUGUACCUGCGGCUCCAGUGAGGCCUGCGCGGGGCGGGGCUGGCCCUCGCCCUUUGAACCCAUCCUGGAGGUGGCCGGCUCCUGGGGGUUCUGUCCUUUGGACAGUGGUGUUUCCUGAUGAGAUUUCCUUUUUUAUAUUUAAACUCAAGAUAGUGCUGGGACACUGCUGAGGUUUUGUACUAGAGUUUCUGUUGUUUUUGUAAGAAAUGAACUUACCAGACCUCUGGGGUGGUUACCAGUUAACUGCCCAUUUGGAGACCUGGCUGGCCUGCUCUCCUCCUGACCCUGGCCCUCUCGGGGGGCAGCCUGUCCCUGAGGAAGCCUUCCUCUCAUGCAGGCUGGUGUAUGGUAGGCAGCGGGGGGAGUGCUGGUCACACCCCUGUCUGUGAUGACCAAGCGGAAUCUAUUGGCCUAGAUUUCUGAAGGGUAGAGGAGACAGAGUUCAAUAAAACGUUGGUUUCCAGCCA